UGCGUCGGAUUUCUCGCAUCCCUCCGACCAUUCACCGACAAAAGUCGCUAUCUCGCGACUUUGUGCUCGCCGCUUCAACGCGCUUGGCAUCCUUCGUUCGACGCGUUUGCCACACUUUUUCCUUCUUCUUCCUCUUCUCCUUCUUCCUUAAUCCGUAUUUUCCGGCUUAACGAGGAUCUUAAUAAUCGCGAGUAGUAUCGACGAGACUGAGAGAAGGAGGUGCCCGCUUGUAGGUACCUAUCGAGAUCGGUUUUGGUCGCGCGAGAAUCGUAGAGAAUCGUAGUAAGGUCGAGCCCCUUCCAUCGAAGGAGAUAGCAGACACGAGAAGAAGCAUCAUAUAAAAUUAAGGCACGGAAGGCAUCGUCGGCAGCACGGAGAGAGCUAUCUACCGAGCAGCUUCGUUCUUGAAACGGACGAGCCAGAAAGAGGAAAUUGGGGACCAUGGUCGAUGCCCAGCUCCUGUUCACGAUCUUGCGGCGGUGGCGUCGCUCAUCAGACCAGGCAGUGUCUCGACGUAGACGAGAGAGGAUAUCAGAGAUGCACGGGUUCCUCGAGGAGAUUCUUUUCUUGUAACGUUCAGGCGUGUCCAGGCGAGCCGAAAGAUUUCCGAGCGGAGCAAUGCGCGGAAUUCAACGACGUUCCCUUCGAAGGAGUGAUUCACGACUGGAUCCCGUACACGGGCAGUCCGCACAAGUGCGAAUUAAAUUGUAUGCCACGAGGAGAAAGAUUUUUCUAUAGAUACAAAGUAGCGGUGACCGAUGGAACGCCAUGCGAGAUCGAGAAAAACAACGUUUGCGUCGAAGGCAAGUGUAUGCCGGUCGGAUGCGACAUGAUGUUAGGCAGCGACGCCAAGGAGGACGCCUGCAGGGAGUGCGGAGGCAACGGCACCGACUGUAACACGAUUCAAGGUUUAUUCGACAACGACGACUUACAAGUAGGCUACAUCGAUAUUUUAUUGAUACCAGAGGGUGCUACCAAUAUCGUAAUAAGAGAGCUGGAACCUUCGAACAAUUACUUAGCCAUACGAAAUACGUCCGGUCAUUAUUACCUAAACGGCAACUGGAGAAUCGAUUUUCCACGUAGUCUGAGAUUCAUCGGCACGAUAUUCCAUUAUUCGAGAGAGCCGCAAGGUUUUUCUGCUCCGGACAUUAUCACGGCACUCGGGCCAACCACCGAGCCGAUUUACGUUGUCUUGCUCUAUCAAGAUCAUAACGUCGGUGUUCAUUACGAAUACAGUAUACCCAAGAAACUCUCGACGCGUACGGACGCCGACAGUUACACGUGGAUCACCGAAGAAUUCUCGAGCUGUAGCACCAGUUGCGGGGGAGGUUACCAGUCCAGGAGAGUGGCGUGCGUUCGAAGGCGGGACAACCAACCGGUGGACGACGGCCUGUGCGAUCCGCAGCUCGAGCCGGAGGAUACGCAAACCUGCAGCGAGGAGCCCUGUCCGGCGGAAUGGGUGGAGGGCGAAUGGGGAGCGUGCACCAAGCGUUGCGGCGACGGCGGCUUACAGACCAGGGAGAUCAAGUGCGAACAGGUCGUAGCCGGUGGAAUACGUUCGAUCGUCGAGGACUCCCAAUGCGUAGAAAAGCUUGGACCGAAGGGACCAACCGCGCAGGAAUGCAACAGACACGUCGACUGUCCACAGUGGCACCUCGGACCGUGGAAACCGUGCGAUCGUCUCUGCGGAGAAGGCAAACGGACGAGAAGGAUAACGUGUUACGUCAAGAAGGACGGGAAGAUCGAAGUGAUGGAGGACGCCGCUUGCGAGGGCAAAGUCCCCGAACGGGAGGAGCGUUGCGAGUCGAGACCUUGCGAGGGCCUCGACUGGGUCGUUUCCGAAUGGAGCGGGUGCAACGAUAAAUGCGACCUCACGCAAGAGACGAGGACGGCUCAUUGCGCCACUCAAGAAGGGAACGUGCAUCCGGACGAGAAAUGCGAUUCCGACAAGAGACCGGAACUCACCAGGGAGUGCGAAGACGUCCAAAAUUGCGAGUACCGUUGGUACGCGUCGCAAUGGAGCGAGUGCUCGGCCAAAUGCGGUAGGGGCUUGCAGACUCGUCAAGUAUUUUGCGCUACCUUCGUGGACGACGCUCUGAAGAAAGUACCGGACUCCAAGUGCGAGCCUGGAAGGAGGUACGAGAGCGCGCAAAACUGUACGAUCGACCGCGAGGAGUGUAAGGGCGAAUGGUUCGCCGGUCCCUGGAGCAAGUGUACGAAACCGUGCGGAGGCGGUGAUAUGUCUCGCAAAGUGAUUUGCAUGAAGGACAACGCGACGGCUUCGCUCGAUAAUUGCGACAUCAAUACGAUAAUGUUCGCGAAAGAGAGUUGCAACGAGCAUCCUUGCGGCGAAGACGAAGUCAUACCGGUUGAACCGGACAAAGGCAAAGCCCUGAUGGAGCAGGAGGACGAGGAAUGCGAGGAAUACGAGGACGAAGACUUCGUUACAGUCGGCUCCGAGUUUGCAGUGAGCGGCUCCGAGUCCGGACUUUACAAAGUAACCGAAGGUCCAACGAGCGUCAAGUUCACGUCUUACACGGGCGGAGAAACCGUCAGCGACAUGGACGAAAUGAUGUUCAGCGAUGGCGGAUACAGUAGAGGUGACAUCUCUCCGGGAGACUUUGGCAGCGGUUUCACCAGUAGCGGUUUCGGCAGCGGAGACGACUUUUUGAGUACGUUGUUCACCAGCAAUCCCAGUUUCGAAGAUUGGUCGACCGUGGAAGGAAGCGGUACUUCUCCCGAUGCCGAAUCGGUGACCGUUGAAACGACCGAGACCGGGGACGUCACGGAAUUCGAUAAAAGUGAAAGCACGGAAUCGCCGGUCUCGACGGAGUCCGGAGCUACGCAAGUAUCGGACUCCGUUACCAGCGAGUCCGUCACUCAGAUAUCGCCGAAAGAAGAUUCCGAAGCAACGGAAACGUCAACGGACUCGGAGAUUACCAUGGAAUCUGGUGCUACCGAGGAAUCGAUCGAGUCGUCGGGCAUAACGACCGAAUCCGUUGAAUCGUCCGUGUCGAUGGGCAGCACGGAGGGAUUCACCGAUAGCGCGUCCUCCGAAUCAACAACGUCGAACCUUUCAACGGACAUCACCGAAUCUACCGAUCUCUCUUCGAGCAUCGAUACGACGACGUCAAUGGACGUCACCGUCCCGUCGUCCUCGUCGUCGGAGUUUACGGAUUCUACCGAAUCUGGCGCAACGGACGUAACGGAGUCUACCGUGACGGAGUCUACGGAAUCAACGGAACCUACGGACACUACCGCGACAGAAUCGACGGAAUCGAGCGUGACCGAGUCAACGGGGUCUACGGAAUCGAGCGAGUCUGCGGCGACCGACGCGACGGAGUCGACGGAGUCGACGGAGUCGACGGAAUCGACGGAAUCGACGGAAUCCAAAGGAUCGACGGAAUCGACGGAAUCUACGAUCGUUGAAGAAACGUCAGCGGCGGUCAGCGAGGAAAGUACUUCUAUUUCUAAAGUCACGUCCGAAUUGCCAGACUCUACGAUCGAAACGUCGACCAUGGAAUCGGCAAUAUCCGUAGUGGAGAACGAAUACGACACUAAUGUCAAAGAAACCACGGAAAGUACGGCGACCGUGUUUGGUGCGAGCGAGGCGUCGACGUCGUUCGAAACUGGCCACACCGAAGAAACCGAAUCGACCGAGUCCGGUGCUACCAUCGAUACCGGCAUUACGACCGAGUUUGGAUCCUCGGAGUCUGACAGAUUAGGAGGAACGAGCGAAUCUUCGUUCGCUACCGAAAUCGAACCGAGUACCGUCGGAAGCGUCGAAACAACGGAAUCGGGUGCUACGUCCGAAUCGGAAGUCAGUGAAGCGACCGAUACGACGGAAUCGGGAUUGUCGACCGUUUCUGAAGUAACGACGGAAUCGGGAAUGACCGGUCUAUCCGGUUUAACGACGGAAUCCGAAGGAACCAGCGAGGUUGCACCGACCGGCGAGACCGCCGUAUCUGGUCUGACGACGUCGUCCGAAAUAGAGGAGACAGGGCCGACCGAGACAACUCAUAUUUCCGAAUUGUGGACGACGCUCGGUUCCGUGGAGACAACGCAUAAGUUGAAAAAAUGCAAGGUCUACAAGAAGAAGUCUUGUAAAGUUUCUAAAUUCGGAUGUUGCUACGACGAGAUCACUCCGGCCAAAGGUCCGUUCGGCGGUGGUUGUCCGACGCCUAAAACUUGCAACGAAACGAAAUACGGCUGUUGUCCCGACGCCGUUUCCGCAGCUACCGGAGCUAAUAACGAAGGUUGCCCCGACACCCGAUGCAACGAAUCGCUCUUCGGAUGCUGUCCCGAUGGAAUAAACGCGGCCGAGGGUAACGAUUACGAAGGGUGCAAGAAACCGUGCAACGGGACGGAAUUCGGAUGUUGUCCCGACAACGAAACACCCGCCGCUGGUAAAGAUAAUUUGGGUUGUUGCAACGCGACGACUUACGGUUGUUGCGAGGACGGCAUAAAAGCGGCCGUCGGGCCGAAUCGAGAAGGAUGCGAGGAGGAGGAGAAGGAGGAGGUCACUUCGGAAACGACAACAGCCACGAAAGAGUACGAGACCACGACCUUGGCGACGGAAGAAGAUUGCGCCAAUACGACUUACGGCUGCUGUCCCGACGGCGUCAGGCCUGCCUCGGGAACAAAUUUCGAAGGUUGCGGCGUUAUCAAUACGGAAAAUUGCAGCGCCUCUUAUUUCGAUUGUUGUCCCGACAAAAUCGCGCCAGCACUCGGUCCGAACAACUAUGGCUGUCGAAUGCCGUGCGAGAACUCGACGUACGGUUGCUGCCAGGACGGCGCGACACCGGCGCACGGACCAAACGGGGAAGGCUGUUGCUUGACGACGCCUUACGGAUGUUGCCCGGACGACGUGUCACCGGCACGCGGACCCGAUCUUUACGGAUGCGGUUGCCAAUACUCGAGAUACGGAUGUUGUCCCGAUAACUCGACCGCUGCACGUGGUUCCAACAACGAAGGCUGCGGCUGCAAGUACACGACUCACGGAUGUUGCCCCAAUCGAUUCACGCCGGCAACCGGGCCUAAUUACGAAGGUUGUCCCUGUUACACGUAUCAGUUUGGAUGUUGUCCCAAUGGUAUCACCAUUGCCAAAGGACCGCACGGUCAAGGUUGCGGAUGCGAGAACACAGAGUUCAAAUGUUGCUCCGACGGCAGAACUCCGGCGAAGGGACACAACUUUGCCGGCUGUUCGUGCGACGCCUCCAAAUACGGUUGUUGUCCGGACGGUAUCGAGGAGGCUCAAGGAGAGAGCUUCGAGGGCUGUCUCACCGUACCCUCUACGCCCGGUGCCGCUUGCGCUUUGGAAAGGGACAGGGGCCCUUGCCGAGAGUUUACGGUGAAAUGGUUCUUCGACACGGAAUACGGCGGUUGUUCGAGAUUUUGGUACGGAGGCUGCGAGGGCAACGACAAUCGUUUCAAGACUCAAGAGGAGUGCAAAGCGAUCUGCGUGGAACCCAAAGGACGAGACGCUUGCUUCCUACCUAAGAUCAGUGGUCCGUGCGAAAGUUAUUAUCCGACCUGGUAUUACGAUCCCGGAAGAAAGCAGUGCGGUCAAUUCGUCUACGGCGGCUGUCUUGGCAACGCGAACAAGUUCAAGACGAAGGAGGAAUGCGAGGAACUCUGCGUCGUUCCCGAUGACAUUGAUCCCUGCGAUCAGGCAAAGGAGUCGGGUCCCUGCGGGGGCAAUUUCACUAGAUGGUAUUAUAACAAGGCUUUGCAAACUUGCGAACAAUUUAAUUACGGCGGUUGCAAGGCAAACGACAACAACUUCCCGACGGAGCUCGCGUGUCAUCAGCAGUGCUUGCAGCCUGGCCGAAGUCGCGCGCCCCUAGCGGAUGUGUGCGCCCUCGAGAAAGAUCCUGGGCCAUGUCCGGGCUCUGUAUUGCGUUGGUAUUACGAUUCAAGCCGUCGUACUUGUAGUCGAUUUGUUUACGGCGGUUGUAAAGGCAAUGGCAAUAAAUUCCGUACGCGGGCUGCCUGCGAGCAGCGUUGUCCGACACAAGAUUCUUGCUCUCUGCCACGGGCCGAGGGCAAUUGCACGGAGAAGCAGUCUAGAUGGUAUUUCGAUCGAUCGGAGAAUCGAUGCAUGCCGUUUUAUUACACGGGCUGCGGUGGAAAUAAAAAUAACUUCCCUACUAUAGACGCAUGCACGGCCGAUUGUCCGCCUAAAAUCGAACAGGACGUCUGUCUUCUUCCCGCUCUUUUGGGAGAGUGCCAUAAUUACACUCAAAGAUGGUACUACGAUUCGUACGAGCAACAAUGUAGACAGUUCUACUACGGCGGAUGUGGCGGAAAUCAAAAUAAUUUCGUCUCGCAGGACGAUUGUAAGAAUAGGUGCGAAAUCGCGGUGACCGCGGAACCGCCUAAACAAGUCGGAUUUAAAACAGAAUAUUGUUUCUUGCCCGACUUUCACGGUCCAUGUAACGAGGAUAAAAUGAAAUGGUUCUACGACAGCAAAGACGGUAUUUGCAAAGCGUUCGCUUACGGCGGUUGUCAGAGCAACGGAAACAACUUUGACACGCACGAGGAGUGCGAGUAUCGAUGCGGACAAGUUCAAGAUCCGUGCGCUUUGCCAAGAGUCGUCGGUACGUGCGACGGCUUCGUCAAGCAAUAUUAUUACGAUCGUCGAGACGACUUUUGCCACGAAUUCGAAUACAGCGGCUGCCAGGGCAACAAGAAUCGUUUUCAGGACAGAGAAUCUUGCGAGAGAAAAUGCAAGAGAGAGCCGGCAGCGAUCACGGAAGAAGUUCGACCUACUACCGUGGCUGUCACUUCCCAAACCGAGAUCGCGUCGAGUAGUUCGAUUUGUCUCGCACCUGUGGAUGCUGGACCGUGCAACGAUGACAUUACCGCUUAUUAUUACGAUUCUCGAACGAACAUGUGUCAAGCGUUCAUAUACGGUGGCUGUGAAGGUAACGCCAACAGAUUCCAAACGGAGGAACAAUGCGAACGUCUCUGCGGCAAAUUCCGCGGGCAAGACUUGUGUAAUCUACCGGUGGAUCCGGGUCCUUGCAGAGCCCGCUUCUCCAAAUACUUUUACGAUCAAAACACUCGUACUUGCCGGCAGUUCGUUUACGGCGGAUGCGACGGUAACGCGAACAGGUUCAGUACGAUCUCGGAAUGCGAGUCGCUUUGCGUUCAUCUCGAGGAACCUGCUCCCGUUGGAAAGGACACCACGCUUUCUCACUUAGCCAUCUGUAAAGAACCAGUUGACAGUGGAUCGUGCAACACCGGUUUCUCCAAACGUUUCUACUUCGACGAAGAAUAUCAAACCUGCAGAGCAUUCGUUUACACCGGCUGCGGUGGAAAUCGCAACAGAUUCAAAACCUUCGAAUCUUGCAUUAACACUUGUCUUAGCACCGACAACGAAAUCGACACAAGUUCUGAAAAAGACACGAAGGAUCCGUGCAUCGAGGCACGGGAGGAGUGCAAUCUAAUUCGUUGUCCUUACGGCAAGGAGGCGUACGUCGACGAUCAAGACUGCGAGCGAUGCCGUUGCGUCGAUCCGUGCAGAACGCAAAUCUGUCCGGAGGGAACAAAGUGCUCGAUUACCCUGGUCCGCACCAAAGAUGGAACCGAAUACAAUGGCGUUUGCAGAUCGACUAUCAAAGCUGGACGCUGUCCAACCGUAUCGAACAGCACUAGGUGCGAGCGCGAGUGCGAGACCGAUGCCGAUUGUACCGGAGAGUGGAAGUGUUGCGACAACGGUUGUGGCACGUCUUGUUUGGAGCCAGCUUUGGAACAGCCGAUAACGACGCCGUCGCUUCGCGUAACACCACCAGUUACACCUCAGUACGGUGCCGAACCGGUCAGAAUAGAACAACCCGAAGAAUCGCACGUUUCCGCCGAAGAAGGUAAUUACGUUACCUUGAAAUGCGUGGCUACCGGUUAUCCAGCACCCGUCGUAACUUGGAGGAAAGACACGACACUCAUCGGUACUACGGAGAAGAGGCGUCGUAUACUGCCCGACGGAUCUCUUCAGAUCAUCAAUUUAUACACGAUCGACAGAGGGAUUUACGUUUGUACCGCCGAUAACAGCGUAGGUCCACCAGUUAGAAUAGAGUAUCAAGUGGAGGUCACGGAACCUCACGAACGUUCCGCGGCCAUCGUUGGAGAAAAGAACGCAACCGUGACGGUGACGAUGAAUUCACCGUGCCUGCUUCGUUGUUACGCUAUGGGCUGGCCGAGACCAUCCGUCACCUGGUGGCGUGGCGAUAACAUGCUUCCACUGAGUUCGGAGAAUUAUGAGCAAGACACCGAUUACACCCUAUUAAUACGCUCGGUGACUCUGACUAAUCUUGGUGUUUACACGUGUCAGGCUUACAACGGCAUCGACAGGCCAGCCUCUUGGUCCGUCACUUUGCAAACGAUCGGUCCAAUCUACAAUAUCAAACCGGAGUAUCAAAACUACAUGAAAUACGUUGUCCUACCUCCAAAGAGACCGGUCACUGAGAAACCUCAGUAUCCUUACAGACCCAUUAGAACGCAUUCACCCGAUUAUAUCACGUUCGCGCCCGUUCAGCCUACAAGACCUCACAUUCUUCGCUUUACACCUCUCGAAACUACAACCAUGACUCCCGUUAUUUCUAGAUUCAAAGUACCGGUGAACGUCAGCGUGUCGGUAGGUCAAACUCAAUUUCCUGAAGGUAGCGACAUCAGCAUCGGUUGUACCAUCGACGGCUAUCCAAUCCCGCGAGUACUUUGGUACAAAGACGACAAUCUCGUUCAAACCAACAAUCGAGUGAAAAUAUCCGAAGCGAACAGACUCAUAAUCACCGAUGCGAACAAAGACGACUCGGGCCGUUAUCGAUGCGAAGCAACGAACGAAUACACGUCUGAUUCUGACAGCGUGGAUGUACUCGUGGCUGGCAUAUUUAUUCAUCCCAAUUGUCAAGACAACAGCUUCUUCGCAAAGUGCGAUCUAAUCGUGAUGGCGCGCUAUUGCAGGCACAAGUAUUAUGCCAAAUUCUGUUGUCGGUCUUGCACGGAGGAUGGCCAAUUGCCAUCAAGAGGACCGCAUCUCGACAACUUGAGAAGAAAAAGAAUGAUACUCUAAGAUACUCGAUUCUCGAGCCUAACGUCAUAUUCGUUCGAGACGAUGGACGACGAUCGUAAUCUUUCUUGAUAUAAACAUUCACUGGCGAAAGUAAGAAAUAAGAAAGGUAUGAUUAACACGAGCACCUUGCAUCGCGUACGCUAUGCGAAUCGGCAUUCAUUCACUGCCAAAGCCUUAGAACGUCUAUACAUAGAUAUAUAAUAUAUAUACGUAUAUAUAUAUAUAUACACACGCGCACGCACGUACACACACACACACACACACACAAACACAGACAGAUAUAUACAUAUAUUUACUGGAAAAAUGAUUGGAAGAACUCGAACGGUGCGAAGAUACGUGUGUACUCAAGAAAAAUCAUUCGUCGAUCUUCUCGUCCAUCCUUCCGUCGUUACUUUCAACUAUCUCUCUCUCUCUCUCUCUCUCUCUCUCUCUCUCUCUCCCUCUCUCUAUUUCUCUAUCUAUCUAUCUAUCCCUAUCUCCAUCUCUAUCCAUUCAUCCGUAUGUGUCUGUCCGUCUUUCUCUUCCUUUCUCUCCCUCUAACUUUCUCAUCCAUGUAUAUACAUAUGGUCUGACGCUGAAUACUAGUCCGACAGAGUUCGACGUAAGAGGAUUUGAUACUUGGAGUUUUGAAAAAAGGCAUUCGGUGAAACCUUUGCGAUUAACUAUAUAGUCUAUAGUAGCUGUAUGUAUGUACGUCAUAGCGUAAAAUCUUGCAAAGAUCAUUUGCAAAUAUUCUUAGACUUUUUAUUUUAAGAUAUUACCGCGGCAACAUAUCCACUGGAGUAGCCGUCGUAACGUUAUAAAGUCAUCGGUACAAUGAAUUUUUCAUGAUUUUUUUUAUAUUAUUUUUAUUUCGAUACAACGACGAAUACACUUGAGCGUAAAGUUUCGCUAGACGUACGUCGUGAGAGGAAGGAAAAUCAAGGAGAAAAGGAAGAAUUUAUCUGUGAAAAUAUAAAAAUGAUAACAGUGGCAUAACUUCGCUAUGUCGUGCGAGUCAAGAAAAUCUUGUAGGUACCUAGUUGUAUGAUGCAUAUUACGAGCGUUAUGUUGUACGAUAUAAAUAGUUGAUUAUACAAUAUAUCGUUUAUAAUCUAUCGUAUUGUUAUUACUUAUUUGUAACGAAGACAUAAAUGUUGCCAUAACGUGGACCGGUCAAAAGAGUUGCAACAAGGAUGCGGCAUUUUUCGCAUGACUUUGGAAAGCUUUUUUUUCAUCUUGUAAACGAAUAGAACCAGAAAAGAAUAGAAUUACAAUAUGUUGCAUCUUCGAAUCUACUUAAGUCGCACACUUUUGCGUACUGUCUCUUAAGAAAUCCAAAAUAAAUAAAUCGAUCGAUUAGAAACGUGUCUCGCAGAGAGGCGAACAACGUAUUGCAUUAUAUAUUCGUUCCUUCUUGGCUAUUUAUUGUAUUCGAAAUCGCGUAAUAACGAGAUGUCAUUCUCAUUCCCGAGAGCAUUAAAGCGCGUAAGAGUAUCGACGAGCGACCGAAACGUACCAAGAGCAUUUAUAUACGCCAUUGUUAAGCCAUAAGUUAAUUAAAGCAAGUAAUUUUAACAGACUCGGAAUUGACGUUUCGCACGUACGAUUUUAGAGGAUCGAACGAUCGUUAAUCGAUUUUCGUCGCAUUUGGUUACAGUCAAAGAAGAGUGCCUUAUUAGAUGUCCUUAAAAAAAAAAAAAAAAAAGUAACAAAA